GGGGUAUGGGGCUUGGGGGGGCAGUAGAUGGUGGCGAUGAUGGUGGGAGUGGGUCCAGAGAGUGUAAGUGCCAGAAGUUCGAAUGAGGAGAAGAGACAGCCGUGACUGCGGUGGUGGGAGAGGUAGGUGAAGUCCGGGGGGGUGGAGUCGUUGAGUGAUGAGAAGUGAUUUGGUUGUUGCCAUAUUUUAGUGAUGCAGAGGAAGUCCAGCUUGCGGUCAGUGAGGAGAUCAUGGAUGAUGUGUCCCUUGUUGGUGAGUGAGCGGAUGUUGAGAAGUCUGAAGCUGACAGUGGUAUUGUCAUGUUUGGUGAGGAUGGGAGCCAGCAUGGAUGGGCUUGCUAAAACAGAGUGAUUGACAGUCCGGGUGGUGUUUCUAUCAGAGUGGUGUCUGUUGGUGAUAUGGACAGGAAUAGUGAGGAGCUGGAUGCUACUGUAAUUAUUAUGGAGUGGGGAAAAGAUGUCGGGAAGACCUGUGGCCGAGGGAGUCGGUGACAGAAUUUGCCAGCAGGGGGAGCUCUGGGGAGGACCUGUCAGCAGUGGAUGCACCACAGAGGGAGAAGGGGGGUGUGGGGGCGAAGUAAAUAGUCAGUCACAUGGGAAACAGUGUACAGUGUGCUGCAGGUUAGCUGCUAGCAUGCGGCUACCUGUGGUGUUCGGAUGGAUACCAUCCGAUUUAAAAAGGGACGAACGGUUCCAAAAAAGAUUAAAACUGUCCACGAAGGCAAAGUUAUGGGCUUGGCAGGCAGAUUGGAGCCAGGUGUGCAAGCUGAGCACUCUGCUGAAGCCCACGACCAGAAGUGGGAAUGGGACCGCUGAUAAAAACAGACAGUUCACAGUUCUUCAGAAAGUUAAAAAGUUGGGUAAAAUGGUCCUUCGUGAGCUCGGUCUGGUGGAGGGACGUGUCAUUAGUACCGCCAUGGAUUAUGAUUCUCUGGAUGGAAGUUGGGAGAGAUUUUAACAGAGUGGGGAGGAGUGUGAAAAUGUCAAGGACCCUCGCACCGGGGAAACACCGCGUGAUAGCGUUAAAAAAGCGGAUGUUUCUCACGAUGGAGUCGCCCACAAUUAAAGUCGUCGGAGGGAAAAGUGGACGUGAAAACUGUGUGACCGGAGAGGAAUGUGUCGGAGGAGGGGGGGAAUUCGCCGAGGAGAACAACAGGGGCAAGAUGGAAGGGACACGGGCCAGCCGCGGUGCAGGUGUGAAGCACAGCAUCGAGCGCCGCCGGAGGGACCCGGCGAGCGGAUGGUCGGGCACGGGAGGAAGGCCGGACGGGGACGGCGGAGAGCUGGAGGACCCAUGAGACAGCCGGGUGGACAUCGGCUGGGAUCCCGCGGGCAGCGGGGGGGAAGUCAUGGAGGUCCAGGGUGUCAAACCUGUUCUCCAAGUGGAGGUGGAAGAGGGGAGCCUGAGAUGGGAGCCUUGUUUUCCCGGUGCGGGCGGUGAUGUGGGACCAGUGCUCCUGCAGGGAUGGAGUGGAGCUAGCCAGAGGCUCUGGUUUAGCCUUGGGUUUUGCUCCCAGCCUUGUCGAGGAGACGUUGGGGCAGAGGGAUGGAUGAGCAGGUGGAGGAGAGGUGGUCGCAGCAGCCAGGGGAGAGGUGUUGGGAGCGGCAGGGUCUGGAUCCGAUGAGCCGGUGGAGUCGGGAUGAGGUGUUCUGAAGACGAUGGUGUCCAUGAGUUUCUCGGCUUCCUGGAUCUGGUAGAGGGUGGAGAUCCUUCGCUCAAGCUCCUGGAUCUUUUCCGCCAGACAGGCGCAGCUGGCACAGCCGGAUGGAGAGGAGUGUGGAGCCAUGGCUGAAACAGAGACAACAAAAGCCAGCAGACAGCCAACGACACCAGGCAGGAUCUGAUAGAGGACAGUCUGGAUCAGGGAUUGGACUGUGCUGAGAAGGACAUUUACACACCAGGGCUCUGUCCUGGAGCCCGCAGUGGUGAGAAAGCAGAUCAGACAACACGGGAGGAGACUUACCGGCGAGGGCCCUGGAAGAGGGCAAGCUGUUGGUGGAAAUCUCGGGUAAGUCUCUCUUGCGGCGUUCUAGCCGUGGCUGAUGUGACUGGGUUUGUUUUAUUUAAUCUGUGUGGGUAUUGGUCGAUCGGUGUAGCCGGAUAGAUGCCCUGGGUAUCUGCAGUCAAUCUGUUAGAGUAGCUGCAGUCAAUCUUUUAGAGUAGCUGCACUCCACAGGGCGCCGCCAUCUUGUUCUCUGUCAUGGUGUCGACCAAAACACGUGUUCUGUGUUCGUCUUAGCCCAGGUAUUUUUUCCUCAGCAGGCUCUCAUUAUCCAGCUUUGACUUGUUGCAGCAGUUUUCCUUUUGACUCCAUGGAUGAGUCUCUCCUGUCCAAGUCUUGCUGGUCCAAAAGAAACCGAGACUUUUCUUCACCUGCAGGGGUUGAAUCCUGACCAAUGUUCCUUAAACUGGUAGCAUGAUAGCGUCCUAAGAGGGCGGAUGGAUGGCGUGUUUUGACCUACUUUAAUAAGGUUAUGAGAAAUGUUCGCAGUGAAUUUCAGUACUUAGGUAAGUUUUGAAAGCUUAUGCAAAACUUACACCAACAAUUUUUAACUUCAAGUGUGCCAACUAGCUAAACAGUGUGCCACAAAACGAUUGCUACCUGCAGUUCACUAAUUAAAGAAUCAACCACUAACAGGUGCCCUGUUAAAUGGUAUGGAGCGAUGCUCACACCCAGAGUUUAACUGAUACUCCUAGAGUGUAAGUGUAAUGGAUGAUUACUAUUUUCCCAGAGCCUUUAGUACUAGUGGGCAAAACUGUUCAUUUCAGUGAACCGGAUCAUUCCAGUUCGUUCAGUAAAAAGAUCCGGUCAUUUCGGUCAAUUGGUCAUUGGUCAGUCUACACUCAUGUUCACGUUCGUUCAGACGUGAACGAAACAAGGAGAUAAAUCCUUUGCCGUUUCAGCAUCAGUAUCAGGACAUACACUCACCGGCCACUUUAUUAGGUACACCUGUCCAACUGCUCGUUAACACUUAAUUUCUAAUCAGCCAAUCACAUGGCGGCAACUUAGUGCAUUUAGGCAUGUAGACAUGGUCAAGACAAUCUCCUGCAGUUCAAACCGAGCAUCAGUAUGGGGAAGAAAGGUGAUUUGAGUGACUUUGAACGUGGCAUGGUUGUUGGUGCCAGAAGGGCUGGUAUGAGUAUUUCAGAAACUGCUGAUCUACUGGGAUUUUCACGCACAACCAUCUCUAGGGUUUACAGAGAAUGGUCCGAAAAAGAAAAAAUAUCCAGUGAGCGGCAGUUCUGUGGGCGGAAAUGCCUUGUUGAUGCCAGAGGUCAGAGGAGAAUGGCCAGACUGGUUCGAGCUGAUAGAAAGGCAACAGUGACUCAAAUAACCACCCGUUACAACCAAGGUAGGCAGAAGAGCAUCUCUGAAUGCACAGUACGUCGAACUUUGAGGCAGAUGGGCUACAGCAGCAGAAGACCACGCCGGGUGCCACUCCUUUCAGCUAAGAACAGGAAACUGAGGCUACAAUUUGCACAAGCUCAUCGAAAUUGGACAAUAGAAGAUUGGAAAAACGUUGCCUGGUCUGAUGAGUCUCGAUUUCUGCUGCGACAUUCGGAUGGUAGGGUCAGAAUUUGGCGUCAACAACAUGAAAGCAUGGAUCCAUCCUGCCUUGUAUCAACGGUUCAGGCUGGUGGUGGUGGUGUCAUGGUGUGGGGAAUAUUUUCUUGGCACUCUUUGGGCCCCUUGGUACCAAUUGAGCAUCGUUGCAACGCCACAGCCUACCUGAGUAUUGUUGCUGACCAUGUCCAUCCCUUUAUGACCACAAUGUACCCAACUUCUGAUGGCUACUUUCAGCAGGAUAAUGCGCCAUGUCAUAAAGCUGGAAUCAUCUCAGACUGGUUUCUUGAACAUGACAAUGACUUCACUGUACUCAAAUGGCCUCCACAGUCACCAGAUCUCAAUCCAAUAGAGCAUCUUUGGGAUGUGGUGGAACGGGAGAUUCGCAUCAUGGAUGUGCAGCCGACAAAUCUGCGGCAACUGUGUGAUGCCAUCAUGUCAAUACGGACCAAGCUCUCUGAGGAAUGCUUCCAGCACCUUGUUGAAUCUAUGCCACGAAGAAUUGAGGCAGUUCUGAAGGCAAAAGGGGGUCCAACCCGUUACUAGCAUGGUGUACCUAAUAAAGUGGCCGGUGAGUGUAUACAAGAAAUGCAUUUUUUCCACAGAAAGAACCAGGCGGACUUGAAGGGAAUCGCUGUUUUUGAGGAGGGGGAAAUGGCUGGAAAUGUCUGUGCAGAGGCUAAAUCCCUUAAUGCAGCCAUUUAUAGCAAUAGCAUAUGGCUUUAGUUUAUUGUAUGACUCUAUAUGCCAUAAGGUGUUGGUGCCUCUGCAGGUGUAGGUUGCUGCCAGUGUUGUCCGUGCAUCAGAGACAGACACGGUGCUUGUCUGAGCCCGACUCCCUCUGAAUUGCAAAUGUUCAUCAUCAGUUGGAUUGUUUCUUGAGAAACCACAGAAGCCCUCUGAGACUUCAUUUACUUUACAACUUUAUCCUUGUAAAUAAGGAUUUUGUUACAUUAUUCCGUAAAAAUAAUGAUUUUAUCACAACUUUAUUCUCGUAAGUAAUGAUUUUAUUACAAUUUUAUUCUUGUAGGUGUAGCGAUUUGAAUUUAUAAUAAAUUUCUGAAGAUUAAUAAUCUUGAAUCACGACAUUUAUGCACUCGUUGAAAGGGGCACCACCCAGCCUUUAUGGUGGAAAUAUAAAGAAAAAUAAUCAAUGUCAUAUCUCAAGCCAAAAUUCUCAUUUCAGGGACUCCACUUCUGAAAGAAAACUAACAGACAAGAACUUACAAAAAUAAUGAUCUGUUUAUUACAGGAUAAAUGAUGCCACAACAUUCAUGCAAUAAAUGAUAAUAAGAUAAUGAGGAUAAAUAAUAAUAGAUGAAUAAUAAAAGAUUCUGAGUCAGGCUAAGAGCACUAAAGUUAAUGAUAGUGAGUGAAUAUGCUCUAACAUAUUAACCUACAUUAACUUUGGUGCACAUAUACACAUACAUACACACAUAUACACACACAUAUAUAUAUAUACACAUACACACACACACACACACACACACACACACACACACAAAUCCCCCCGAAUCACCGACACAAGAGCGAUGAUACAACACCCACAACAGCAUCAAUAAUAACAACAAUAGCAAUACUGGCAAUAAUAAUGACAAUAAACGAAUGACAACCACAACAACAACAAUAAUAACAGUAAUAAUGACCACGACGAGGAUACAAAACAACAAAAAUCACUACAAUAUACAACACCAUAGUCCGGACCAGAGGCCGGCCCGGCCCCCUGUACCGCCAAAAAGCAGGCCGACCAGCACCCACGUCCGCCGUGAUGGGACGCCCGUGGGGCACCCCACAGGGCUCUGCCCCGCGACCACCCGCCAACCGAACUGACCACCCACUCCACCUCUAAAUAUCCCGGGCCACACAUGACUCUCAUCUUGUGUGUUGUGUGUCAGCCCUGUUUGGAGCUCUGGAGGUUUGCAUACUGAAGUGAGACUGGUCCUUGGCUACUGGCGGUUCGAGCGGUUCAGCUCUGACACUCACUCACUAUGAUUAAUGUUACUGAACACUUGGUUCAUAAUAAGUGAUUUGAUACUAAACACACAAUGAAAUAUAGGAUCACAUCAAACAUUCUCAUUAUGUUUUAAGUAUCACAUUGAACAUGCUAAAUUACUCUGAAAUGAAACAGAUAGUAACACAUAGAAACUGUGAACAACAAACACAUGUGAAUGAACUUCAUCAUGAUUAAUAACAGGGCCGGUUGUAUGGGGGGUCCGGGGGGGGGGCCUUAGUAGACUGUGACUUGCAGACGCACCAUCCCAACGAGUUUUAACAUCAUAUCCAAAACGUGCGUCUGGUACGAAAUUAAGUGCAUUUAGUUCUGCCUGGUACAGCACCCGACCGUGGCUCGAGUACUCUGUUCAGAUGGACGCUUGUUUCUGUUUCCCCUGUCAGAAAUAUAUCAAUGCUGGCAAUGAGAAGGACGUUGUUUUUACUGUGCAUGGUUUCAACAAAUGGAACGCAGCACUUGAAAGUGGUAGGGGAUUGCAGAAACAUGCGAGCAGCUAUGCUCAUGUACAGGCUGCUGCGACCUGGGCUGAACACAAGGCGAGAGAGGCAACUGGGUCAACAGUUGACAGCAUGCUGGUAGGUAAGACAGCAAUUGAAAAGAACCAGUAUUAUGUGAAAAGUAUUGGUGACGUUAUUAAGUUUCUUUGUGUUAAUGAGUUGGCACUCCGUGGAACAAAAGAAACCUUAGUAUUUGGCCAGUCUCUGUCCCACUCUGACCACAGUCACAGUGGCAGCAGCAAUGUAUGUGAAGGUGAUUGUGAGGAUAUUUCUGCUGGUCUUUUUUUGAAGUUGUUUAAGUACACCUUAGAGAAGGAUGAAAGGCUGGCAGCUAUUGCUAAGAACAUCCCAAAAAAUGCUACCUACACCUCUAACAAUACACAAAAUGACAUAAUUGAAACACUAGCCAACAUGGUUUAAGCAAAGAUCAGGGAGAGGUAUUCCAAGGCUGACUCAUCAGGAUAUUGUGUAAAAAGUGAUGGGACAAGGGAUAGUUGUAAUUUUGAGAAUUUGUCCAUCAUGAUACGGUUUGUGUGUAACUCUGUACCAGAGGAGCAUUUGAUCGGUUUACUCCACCUGCAUGAACUUAAUGCAGAGUACACCACCACGAGAUAUUGAAACAUCUUUCUGAUGCUGGCUACAGUUCUCACAACAUUGUUAGCCAGUGUUAUGAUGGUGCUUCAGUAAUGAGUGUCGUACGAGGUGGUGUGCAAGCCCUACUGUCACAGAAGGUGGGUAGAGAUGUGCCGUAUGUUCACUGUUACAACCACCAGUUGCAUUUAGUGGUUGUGCAUGCUAUGCAGGGUAAGCCAUGUGCCAAAGAGUUUUUUGAACUGUGUAAUUCCCUGUAUCACUUCUUCCAUCACUACUAUGUGUCAGAAAAUUAUGAAAAGGUCCUAAACUCAGACGGCUAAUUGACAUUCGCUGGACAAGCCAUUAUGAGGUGGCAAGGUGCACUGUGGAGAAUGAACAAUGUUUUUGCAUUAUCCUGUCAGAGGUUUCAGAGGACGAUAAGGCUGAUGUGAGCUUGUGCACUGAGGCAUCAGGCCUUUUAUUUCAAAUGAAGAAGCUGCAUUUCUUUGAGAUUGGCAAAUUUCUAGUACAAGUUUUUGCCUUGAAACCAGCAAAUGACAUUCUACAGUCUAAGUCUGUGGAUAUGUGUGCUGCUUGUCAGGUUAUUACUGAUUCACUGGAGGUAUUGAAAGACAUCCGCAAAGAUGCACAGGAUGAGGAUGUGUCGCAUCCUCCCAAAAGAAUGAGAACCCUGAGUAAAUAUCUUGGUGAUAGUGUUGUAUUGUCAACUGUGGGCCAUACAGAUUCUGACAACCCCACAAUCACCCCCUCUCAGUCUCUGAAAAGAUCUCUGCUCAACAUUCUUGACAGGGCCAUUUCUGAAAUGGAGAGCAGAUUUGCAAGGAAGAAUGUAGACAUUAUGAGAGCCAUAUCUAGCCUUGUCCCUACAUCUACUGAAUUUCUGGACCCCACUGUGCUGCAGCCUCUCCAUGCACUUGCUGCUUGUGGACCUAGUGAAGAUUUUGUGACUCUGAAAAAUAUUUCUUGUUGCAAAGCGAAUGUUUCUCAGGGAAUGUCCAACUGAAACAGACCUGUCCGCUCUGUGUACAUGCAUUGAAAAGACGAAGUUAGCUUAUCCUGUGUUGCACAAGCUGUAUGUGGCAGCCCUUGUGAUCAGAGUGUCCUCAGCUGCAUGUGAGAGUUCCUUCUCUUCACUGGCACAUGUCCUAACUCCCUACCGCCGCACAAUGUUGCAUGACAGAAAAAGACAUUUGGUUAUCUUGGCUCAUAGGAAAUCGACAACAAAUACAUUAGACAUGGAUGAAUUUGUUAGAAUUUUUGCCAAGUCAAACAUAAGACUGAUGCUAUAGAUAGGUAAACAGAAGGCUGAUGUUGGAGAAGACAGAUGUGUGAUAGACGGAAACUUAUGUGAUUGACAGGUCGUCGGGACCUCGAUGGUCAGGCACGUGAGGGUACACGGUGGCCGGACCUUCUGCCGCCUUGGAGCCCGCAUCAAGGAGGUUGAGUCUUCUGCCCUUCAGAUGUGUGCUCAGCACAGCUCAGCCUCUACGCUGGUUCUGGAUGCCAGGAUCGGCGACAUCAAAGACCAACAGUCUGAGACCCUCAAGCGCGACUUCAUAUCCAUGGUGGACCACAUGCUGGAUACAGGGAAGCGACUUAUAAUAUCCGGCCCACUUCCCCCGACGCGUUAUGGCGAUGUCACCAACAGUCGCCUCCGCCAGCUGGACCUGUGGCUCAAGGGCUUCUGUCUGGGGAGAAGUAUCCCAUAUGUGGACAGUUUUAUUGCUUUUUUAAACAGACCCCACCUUUUUAAAUCUGACGGCCUUCACCCGAACCAGGAGGGGUCAAGGCUUUUAUCAGUAAAUAUUGACCUGAUGCUCCGUUCCUGCACAACCACCUCCUGACUGUCUGCACACAUGCCCUCUGCACCUCAUUUACACUCACCUUCACCACUCCCUACUAUACACGCCCCUCCCUCUGUGCCCUCAGUGGCACAGGACAGGAUUUACACCAUCACAACCAUAACCACACAUAGACUACUGAGGAAGAGGAGGACUGCUUUUAGACCAAAAUGUGUUUUUAAUGUUCCCCUAGAAAAAUGCACUGAGCGCACGUUAAGCACAGAUAUUAAAAUGGCUGUGCUGAACGUGCGCUCUCUUUUAAACAAAUCUUUUAUUAUCAGUGACAUAAUUACGGACAAUAACCUGGACAGCAUUCUCCUUACAGAGACAUGGCUUGGCACUGAUGCACCUGUUAUUCUCAUCGAGGCUUCCCCACCAAAUUUUAACUUUUUAUUUUCAACUAGGGGGUGCAGAAGAGGGGGUGGUACUGCCUCAAUUACAAAAUGCAACAUGCAUACAAAUGAAGUCAUUUUAACAGCUACUCAUCAUUUGAGUAUCAUGCCUUUGUCUUUAGCAGCCCACCUAUCCUCUGUAUAACUGUCUACCGACCUCCCAAGUAUUCCACUUCUUUUAUUCGGGAAUUUUCAGAGCUUUUAUCAAUUAUUUAUGCCACUUUUAACAGGAUUUUAAUAACUGGUGAUUUUAAUCUACAUGUGGACAUCUCCUCAGACCCAAUGUCCAGAGAAUUUUUAAAACUUUUACACUGUUUUAACUUCAACCAACAUGUCACACAGCCGACCCACAGCAGGGGGCGCACCUUGGACUUAGUCAUAUCUUAUGGUCUGUCCAUUGGAGCGCCUUCUGUUGUGGACCUGGCUGUGUCUGACCAUUUUUGUGUCUUUUUUACAAUCACCAGCACUGGACUCAGUGGCUCCACUUUUUAUAAAAACAAUCAAAUCAAAACCUACAUCCCCGUGGAGAACUGGAGACAUAAAAAAAUUGAAAAGGGAAUGCAGGAGUGCUGAAAGGAGAUGGAGGAAAUCAAAGCUGACAGUGGAUUAUGAAACAUUACACUGACUUCUUAAAACUUACAAUAACGCAAUCAAACAAGCAAGAAUCUCCCAUUUCCAAAAUCUAAUCCAUAACCAUAAAAAUAAUCCCAAAUUCCUGUUCUCCACAAUAGACAUUUUAACAAACAAAAAUUUUAAAAGAUCCUCCAUAACAUCUGAUAAUGUCCUUUGUGAGGAUUUUGCAGACCACUUCAGAAGAAAAAUAGAUGACAUUCGAUCCAGUCUUUUAUCCCGACAGCUUUUAACACCUGGAUCACCGAAUUUACCCGAGGAAGCACUGGAAAGUUUUGCCCUGGUUGAUGCGAGGACACUUGGUCGAGUUUUCUCCCAGGUAAAGCCCACAACCUGCCUUUUAGACCCAAUUCCCACACCGUUUUUUAAAAAACUCUAUGGAUUCUUUGAGGAACAGCUGUUGUAUUUGGUAAACUGCUCUCUUCAGACGGGUGUCUUCCCCACCGCCUUUAAAAUGGCGGUGGUGAAGCCCCUUCUGAAGAAGAGUGAUUUGGAUCCCAAUGUUUUAAAUAACUACUGGCCUGUAUCCAACCUACCAUUUUUAGGUAAAGUUCUGGAAAAACUCGUUUUUAACCAAGUAAAUGAUUUUUUAAACUCAAAACAAAUUUUAGAGACUCAUCAGUCUGGCUUUAGGAGGAACCACAGCACAGAGACAGCACUUCUGAAGAUUUUAAAUGACAUCAGAUGUGGCUUAGAUAACCACAAACUCACAGUGUUGGUUCUGCUGGAUCUUACAGCCGCCUUCAAUACAGUAGACCAUCACAUUUUAUUAAAUAGACUGCGGAAUGUGGUUGGCCUCUCUGGUACUGUUCUUAAGUGGUUCACGUCCUACCUGACUGAUCGAAAUUUCUUUGUAAGUAUGGAUACAUGUUCCUCAAGGACCCAUAAAAUUGAAUGUGGGGUUCCCCAAGGGUCAAUUCUAGGUCCAACUCUGUUCAACCUCUACAUGUUACCCCUUGGGGAUGUCAUCAGGAGGCACAGCAUCAGCUUCCAUAGCUAUGCUGAUGAUACGCAACUGUACAUCGCCGUGUCUCCUGAUGACACAGGGCCAAUUGAUGCCCUUUUUAACUGCAUUUUAGACAUUAAAUCAUGGAUGGCAGCAAAUUUCCUGCAGCUCAACCAGGACAAAACAGGUUUUAGUCAUUGGUCCUGAAGGCCAGAGAGAUGCAUGCUUUUAUCUCGUGUCGUUUGGAUUAUUGUAAUGCCCUGCUCUCUGGUCUUCCCAAAAAGAACAUGCAAAACCUACAAUUGUUACAAAACUCAGCCGCACAUGUGCUGACGAGGACCAGAGGGCGGGAGCACAUUACUCCUGUCUUAAAAUCGCUGCAUUGGCUCCCCGUGCGUUUCAGGAUCGAUUUUAAGGUUCUCCUCCUAAGAUUUAAGUGUCUUAAUGGUCUUGGGCCGUUUUAUUUAUCCGAGAUACUUUUCCCGUAUCAACCCUCACGGACCCUGAGGUCCUCUGGAGCUGGUCUCUUAAAAAUCCCACAAGUAAGAACUAAGACAUACGGGGCGGCGGCAUUCAGUUAUUAUGGCCCCCGAUUGUGGAACAGCCUCCCAGAGAGCCUCAGGGCUGCAGAGAAUGUUGAUAUUUUUAAAAAGAGGCUAAAGACUCAUCUUUUUAAUCAGGCUUUUAAUUGACUAGUUUAACUCUUUUAAUCCCUUUUAUGCUCACUUUUAUUGUUUUACUAUUUAACACUUUUUAUUACCGUUCUAUUUUAUUCUUUAAUCUAUCAAUUUUAUUAUUAUUAUUUUUAGUCUGGCGUGUUUUACAGUGCACAGAAUCAUUUUAUCUUACAUUAUUUACUGGGUCUGUCUUAGCGAUUACAGUUUUAUUCCUUCAGUUUUAGUUUCUAUACUUUUAUGUCUUAUUUUAUUCUUUUAUUCCCUCAGUUUUUCCAGUGUUUCCUCCUGGGGGCUGCUUCACCGGGAGCGGGUUCUGGUCUGUUGGUGGGGGCGCCGUUCUGGGGACAGCUCUGGCCCGGGUGGAACCAGAGAGCUCUACACCUUGGUGCGGAGCCUCCUGUCUGCCCGGGCUGGUGGUCCCUGUGACGGCGCCCCCUGCAGCAGCAAUGGGCCGGGAUGCGUCCCGGUCGACGUGGCCCCCAAAGGUAGCGUCUUCCUCACCUCAGAUCUCAGUGCCCAGUCAUGUCUCCUCACCAUCAGCUGCUAACUGUGUAGAUGCGUAUGUAUGUGAAGUUGUGUGUGCGGAAAUGUAUGUCUAUGUUCACGGGUGUGUGUAUGGGUAUUAUUGUGCGGGUGGGAGGUUUGGGGUUUUCUUGGGGAUUUUAAUGUUUCAUUUUGUUUUUAUGCUUUGUAAGGCACUUUGUGUUUCAACUUGUAGGAAAAGUGCCAUAUAAAUAAAAUAAAGUUGAAGAUACAUGAUACAGGUGUAAUUGAUAGACAGUGAUUGACAGAAUGUGACUGACAGAUGGUGUAUAGAGACAGCAACAGAUGUGAUUGACAUGAUACAGGAGUGAAACUGAAGUGACAGACAGACAGAUAGAUGCAUAUGAUAGAUAUAAUGACAGACGUACAGAUAAGAUGAUACUGUAGCUAACAUGGUGUAAUUGAUUGACAAACUGAUGUGAUUGACAGAUAAAUAUGAUACAGGGGUUAAAUGUAACAGACAGACAGAUGAAUAUGAUAGAUAUGAUGACAGACAGACAGAUAUGAUGGUAGCUAACAUGGUGUAAUUGAUAGAAAUUGGUGUCAUUGACAGAUAAACAUGAUACAGGAUAAACAUGACAGACAGACAGACAGACAGACAGACAGACAGAGGAAUAUGACAGAUAGAUAUGAAGACAGAUAGGCAGACAGACAGAUAGAUGUGAUGAUAGAUAGACAGACAGACAGACAGAGGAAUAUGACAGAUAGAUAUGAUGACAGAUAGGCAGACAGACAGAUAGAUGUGAUGAUAGAUAGACAGACAGACAGACAGAUACGAUGAUGGAGAGAUAUGGUAGAUAAAUGAAUGCAAACAAAAAAAAAACUAUAAAAAAUAAAUAAAUAAAUAAACAAUGCAGCCUCAAUGAGACACAAGCCAGUGUCCUACUUGUGCCGGUCCCAAGCCCGGGGAAAUGCAGAGGGUAACCAAAAGCCAGCAUUGGGGCCCCUCCAAGAUUUCUUAGUGCCCACUCUGGUGGGUAAACCUAGAACCGGGCCUGAUUAAUAAUAGAUUCUAAAUACUCACAUUCAGAUUAUUCAAUGACAUUAUAACCAACUAAUGUUUAAAAAUACUAAAUAAAUGAUUAAAAAUAUAAACCAAAUAUUUUUAAACUAUUUAUGUUAGAGUUAAGUAAUGAUUUAUAGUCAAUAAAUUUAACUCUUAAAAGUUCAUGAAACAGUCUGAAAAUCUGUUGGUCUAAAGAAACUAAAGAAUAAAGGAUUUAUUCUGUCAGAGUGAUAACUUGGCUUCUGGAGCACAUAGAAAAAUGGGAAUCAUCUCAUUUUAACAUAAAUUUCAUGAUUAGACAGAUUAGUACAUUGCUGAAUGCAUGAUCAGUCAUUUGUAUUCUUCCUCCAAAGGAAUGCAGUUUUUAUCAGAACAUGGUUGAGCAGGGUUUUAUGGAGGUCAGUGUCCUGCUCCUCAGACUUUUCCUUGGGAUCUGUGCGUUCACACACUUUAAGACGGUAAAUCUCAAAUGGGAGACCUGGAUUGAGGCAUGAAUGUUUAUUUAGAUGGUCAGCGAUGGAGUCAGUUUGAAAGGUAAUAAAAACUCUGUCUCUGUUCUCUGAAUUGACCAAUCCUGAAGAGCCAGAGGUUUCAGUCAACCUCCAGUCGGGUCAGUUAGGUAACCUGAAAGUGCAAACAAGUCUGGAAAGAUUUAUAUUGUCCUGUGUCCUGGGACCAGGUAAGGGACCGUUCCUGUGAGGAAUGUGUAGGUUUCACCCACAAGGUUGUCUUGAUGCUACAUAAGUAAUGAUUUUACUUCGACCUUAUUCUCGUAUGUGAUGAUUUUGCUAUGACUUUAUUCUCUUUAGUAUUGACUUUAUUCUCAAAGUCUUAAUUUUUUUUUUUCUUUAUGUGGCCCUAAUACUCAUAUGAUGAAAUGUGACGCACACAUUUAUGCCUUAUGCCUUUGUGGUGUUUCUAUUUUGAUGGUUGAAGUCCUCAAAAGUAAGUAAUAAAAGUGGAUAUGACACCUGGAUUUCUGCAAAUCCAAAAAAUCCAAAGAGACAGGAGUAGGUAUGAAGACUUUAGGGCUAUUUUCCAAGCUGACAGAGGGAGAACAAUCAUAACGAAACCAUUAGGAGCAUUUGAGAUUCAGUGGAUGAUCAUUUCUUUUUUAUCAACAGUUUGUAUAUGAAAAAUGACCCUAACCCCCCAGCAGCUGACAAACGCAUGGACAACAUCACAGUGACUAUGUUCCCUUUUCGACUGACAGUUAUUAAUAAUAAUAAUAAUAAUACAUUUUAUUUGAAGCGCCUUUCACGUCACACAAGGACACUUUACAGAACAUAUAAAAACAAUAAUAAAACACUAUUAACAAUUAAAAUCAUUAAUCAUCAAACAGUUAAAAAUCAACAAAGCAACAUUAAACAUGAACAACAGCAAAAGAAUAAAUAAAGAAAUUAAUAAUACCAAUUGAAAUUUAAUUUAAAAAAGUGGGUUAGGGGUGGUGGGAGGGAUAGGCCAGUUUAAACAGAUGUGUUUUGAGUUUGGACUUGAAGAGGGGGAGGGAGUCUAUGUUGCGGAUGUAUGAUGGUAAAGAGUUCCAGAGUCGGGGGGCAGAGCGACUGAAAGCUCUGCCCCCCAUAGUGCUGAGGUGAACAGGGGGCACAGAGAGGUGGAGAGAGGAAGAGGAACGGAGGUGGCGUGCUGGAGUGGCGAUGUGGAGGAGGUCAGAUAGGUAAGGAGGGGCGAGGUUGUGGAUGGCUUUGAAGGUAUACAGGAGGAUUUUGAACUGGAUUCGUAGAGGGACCGGGAGCCAGUGAAGCUGCUGAAGGAUGGGGGUGAUGUGGUGGGACGGAGGGGUUUUGGUGAUGAUACGGGCAGCGGAGUUGUGGACCAGUUGAAGUUUAUGGAGAGACGUGUAAGGGAGACUGAAGAGGAGGGAGUUGCAGUAAUCCAGACGGGAGAUGACGAGACUGUGGACGAGGAUGGAGGUGGUGUUGGGGGAGAGGGAGGGGCGGAGACGAUUGAUGUGGCGGAGGUGGAAAUAGGCAGUGCGAGUGGUAAGGCUGAUGUGGGAUUUAAAAGAAAGAGAACUGUCAAGGACGACACCAAGACUCUUGACCUGAGGGGAGGGGGAAACUGAGGAACUGUCGAUGGGAAGGGAGAGACUGUCAACUUUGGAUAGGGUGGAUUUGGAACCUACAAGAAGAAUUUCUGUUUUCUGACUGUUUAAUUGGAGAAAGUUGGAGGUGAACCAGGAUUUAAUUUCAGAUAGGCAGGUGAUGAGGGAGAUGGGUGGGAGGGUGGAGGUUGGUGAGCUGGAGAGAUAGAGCUGGGUGUCGUCAGCAUAGCAGUGGUAUUGAAUGUUGAAUUUAUGGAAGAUGGAACCAAGGGGGAGGAGGUAGAUGAUGAACAGCAGGGGCCCCAGGACAGAGCCCUGGGGCACACCUGAACUGACUGGGGAGGGGUCGGACUUGAAUGAUUUGAGCUGGAUGAACUGUGUGCGGUCUGAGAGGUAAGAGUGGAACCAGCGGAGGGGAGUGUGGGUGAUGCCGAUGGAGGAGAGUCUAUGAAGGAGGAUGGGAUGGGAGAUAGUGUCGAAGGCUGCACUAAAGUCGAGGAGGAUGAGGAUGGAAAGUGAACCAGAGUCAGAUGCAGUGAGAAGGUCGUUAGUAAUUUUAGCAGUGCGGUUUCGGUGCUGUGGCGGGGGCGGAAACCAGAUUGGAAGGGGUCAUAGAGGGAGUUCUGGGUUAGGUGGGUGUGAAGUUGGCUGGCGACGACCUUUUCCAUUAUUUUGGCUAUAAACGGUAGAUUUGAGAUGGGGCGGAGGUUGUUGAAGUUAUUGGGGUCAGAGCCAGGUUUUUUAAGGAUAGGGGUGAUGGCUGCUGUCUUGAGGGAUGCGGGAACAGUUCCAGUGGUGAGUGAGGAGUGAAUGAUGGCAGAUAUGAGAGGGAGCACAGAUGGGAGGCAUGAUUUGAGCAGUGUGGUGGGAAGGGGAUCCAGCUGACAGGUUGAGGGUUUGGAUUUCUGGAUGAGAUCAUAGAUUUCAGAGUCAUUGGGGAGAAGAAAACUGGAGAAGGGCUGGUGGUGUGGCAGGGGAGUAGGUGAGUUUAGAGGGGGUCCAGGGGGAAGAGAACCUGAGUGUAGUUGUUUAUGGAUGUUGGAGAUUUUGUCAUUAAAAAACUGCAUUAGGGUGUUGCAGGUGUCGGUAGAAUACAGGUGGGGAGGGAGGGAGUCCGGUGGCUGGAGAGAUUUGUUGAGGAGAGUGAAUAGUGAUCUGGUGUUUCCUUUGUUGGAGAUGAUCUGGACGGAGUAGUGGUCUGUUUUUGCGUGUGUGGUUAAUGUACAUUUCUUUGUGAAUGGAGAGUCCAGUUUUCUUGUAAAGUCUUUCCAGUUGGCGGCCUUUGGUUUUCAUGGAGCGGAGGUGGGGGGUGUACCAGGGUGCAGUUGUGGAGAAGGAAACAGAGCGUGUUUUGAGUGGAGCGAGGGAAUUGAGGAUGCUAUUUAAACAGGUGUUGUAAUGAGAUGUUAUGUCAUCAGGGGUAGUGUAACAGUCCGGGAUCACAAUAUUCAUAAUCUUAGAGCACAGAGUGUCAAUGUUUAUGUUCUUAAGGUUGCGGAAUGUAAUGAGGCGUGGUGAAUAAACUCUAGAGAGGGAGAGCGGAAUACUGAAGGAGAUGAGGAGGUGGUCACUUACGUGGAGAUCAUCAGCUGUGCAGUUGGAUGGGAUGAGGCCAGAGCAGCAGAGUAAAUCCAGAGUGUGUCCUUUAGUGUGUGUCGGGAGGUUGAUGAAUUGAUGGAGUCCAAAACUGUCCAGGCAGGAUGAGAAGUCACUGGUGAGGGGGAGGUUGGUGUUGUCAAUAUGGAUAUUGAAGUCCCCCAGUAUUAUUAUGUUUGGUGAGAGUGUGCAUAGAUGGGUGAGUAGAACCGAAAAGUCAUUUAAGAAGUCAGAGUGAGGCUUGGGGGGGCGGUAGAUGGUGGCGAUGAUGGUGGGAGUGGGACCAGGGAGUGUAAUUGCCAGAAGUUCGUGUGAGGAGAAAAGAGGCAAGGACAGCGGUAGAACUUUCCACUUUUUGUGGUGGAUGACGGCAAUACCUCCACCACGGCCGUGGCUGCGGGGGUGGGAGAGGUAGGUGUAGUCCGGGGGGGUGGAGUCGUUGAGUGAUGAGAAGUCAUUUGGUUGUUGCCAUGUUUCAGUGAUGCAGAGGAAGUCCAGCUUGCGGUCAGUGAGGAGAUCAUGGAUGAUGUGUCCCUUGUUGGUGAGUGAGCGGAUGUUGAGAAGUCCGAAGCUCACAGAGGUAUUGUCAUGUUUGGUGAGGAUGGGAGCCAGUAUGGAUGGGCUUGUUAAAACAGAGUGAUUGACAGUCCGGGUGGUGUAUCUAUUAGAGUGGUGUCUGUUGGUGAUAUGGACAGGAAUAGUGAGAAGUUGGAUACUACUGUAAUUAUUAGGGAGUGGGGAAAAAAUGUCAUGAAAACCUGUGGCAGAGGGAGUCGGUGACAGAAUUUGCCAGCAGGGGGAGCUCUGGGGAGGACCUGUCAGCAGUGGGUGCACAACAGAGGGAGAGGGGUGUGUGUGUGGGGGGGAAGUAAAUAGUCAAUCACGUGGGAAACAGUGAACAGUGUGCUGCAGGUUAGCCGCGAACAUGCGGCUACCUGUGGUGUUCGGGUGGAUACCAUCCAGUUUAAAAAGGGACGAACGGUUCCAAAAAAGAUUAAAAUUGUCCACGAAGGCAAAGCUAUGGGCUUGGGAGGCAGAUUGGAGCCAGGUGUGCAGGCUGAGCACUCUGCUGAAGCUCCCGCACCCACGACCAGAAGUGGGAAUGGGGCCGCUGAUAAAAACAGACAGUUCACAGUUCUUCAGAAAGUUAAAAAGUUGGGUAAAAUGGUCCUUCGUGAGCUCGGUCUGGUGGAGGGACGUGUCAUUGGUGCCAACAUGAAUUAUAAUUCUCUGGAUGGAAGUUGGCAGAGAUUUUAACAGAGUGGGGAGGAGUGUUAAAAUGUCAAGGACCCUUGCACCGGGGAAACACCGCGUGAGAGCGUUAAAAAAGCGGAUGUUUCUCACGAUGGAGUCGCCCACAAUUAAAGUCGUUGGAGGGAAAAGUGGACGUGGAGACUGCGUGACCAGAGAGGAAUGGGGAGGGGGGGAACUCGCCGGGGAGGACAACUGAGGCGAGAGGGAAGGGACACGGGCCAGCCGUGGUGCCGGUGUGAAGCACGGCAUCGAGCGCCGCCGGAGGGACCCGGCGUGCGGAUGGUCGGGCACGGGAGGCGGAGGACCGGAGGACCCAUGAGAUAGCCGGGUGGACAUCGGCUGGGAUCCCGCGGGCAGCGGGGGGGAGUCAUGGAGGUCCAGGGUGUCAAACCUGUUCUCCAGGUGGAGUUGGAAGAGGGGAGCCUGAGGACGGAGCUUUGAUUUCCUGGUGCGGGCGGUGAUGUGGGACCAGCGCUCCUGCAGGGAUGGAGUGGAGCUAGCUGGAGGCUCUGGAUUAGCCUUGGGUUUUGCUCCCAGCCUUGUCGAGGAGACCUCGGGGAAGAAGGAUGGAUGAGCAGGCGGAGGAGAGGUGGUCGCAGCAGCCGGGGGAGAGGUGUUGGGAGCGGCGGGGUCCGGAUCCGACGAGCCGGUGGAGUCGGGAUGUGAUGUUCUGAAGACGAUGGUGUCCAUGAGUUUCUCGGCUUCCUGGAUCUGGUAGAGUGUGGAGAUCCUAUGUUCCAGCUCCUGGAUCUUUUCCGCCAGACAGGCGCAGCUGGCACAGCCGGGUGGAGAGGAGUGUGGAGCCAUGGCUGAAAUGGAUAAAAACAACAACCAGCAGACAGCCAACGACACCAGGCAGGAUCUAAUAGAGGACAGUCUGGAUCGGGGAUUGGACUGUGCCGAGAAGGACACUUACACGCCAGGGCUCCGUCCUGGAGCCCGCAGCGGUGAGGAAGCAGAUCAGACAACACGGUAGGAGACUUACCGGCGAGGGCCCCGGAAGAGGGCCCGCUGAUGGUGGAAAUCUCAGGUAAGUCUCUCUUUCGGCGUUCCAGCCGUGAUCGAUGUGACCGGGGGUAUUUUAUUUGAUCUGCUGUGUAUUGGUCGAUCGUUGUAACCGUUGUAGCCAGGUAGAUGCUCUGGGUAUCUGGGGUCAAUCCGUUAGAGUCGUCUGUUAGAGUAGCUGGACUCCACACGGCGCCGCCAUCUUGUCAGGGUGUGUAGGUGUAUGCAUCAUGAGUCAGUCAGUUAUUGACUGAAAUAUAACGAAAUAAAAGUUUCAUGCAGAUACAAACACCUGAUCUUUCUCUGCAGCUGAGGGGAAUAAUAAGGAGCUGCAGAUAUGUUGAAUAAACGUAGGAUAUUCCAGCCUCAAACCUGGCCGCCUGUUAAACCACAGUAUAAUCAAUCAUAAGUGAAUAAAAACUAGCCCUAUCCACUGUCCCUAUAUAUGCACACACUUCUCCCCAACCUCCAUCUCUCUGUCUCAUAUCCUUUCAAAGUAAUAUUCCUCAAUCCAUCACUGCCCCCUCUGCUUCCAGUUUUUUGAUGUCAUGCAUCUCCUGGCUUUUAGCUUGUCUCCAACAAAACGUCAAUCAAUCAUCAGCUCCCAUUCUCUUUCUCUGUCCUUCUCUCUCUCUCUCUUUCUCCCCCUUGUGCUUUCUCAAACCCCCUCACUGCCUCCUUUCCUCUCUGGCUCAUACAUUAUCAAUCACUAUUUUUGCCUCACCCCGAACACUCAACCGC